GGCAAGUUUGUAGAGCUUGGCCUAUCCAACUAUGCCUCCUGGGAAGUGGCUGAGAUCUGUACCAUCUGCAAGAAAAAUGGCUGGAUCAUGCCCACUGUGUACCAGGGCAUGUACAACGCCACCACCAGGCAGGUGGAGAAGGAGCUCCUCCCCUGCCUCAGACACUUUGGAUUGAGGUUCUAUGCCUACAGCCCAUUGGCUGGAGGCCUGCUGACUGGCAAAUACAAAUAUGAAACAAAGGAAGAGGAGCAGCCCUUGAGCCGCUUCUUUGGGAAGAAAUAUGAUAAUUUCUACAGGGACGACUACUGGAAGGAAAGCUACUUAAAGGGCAUCGACCUUGUGAAGAAGUCCUUGAAGACCACCUAUGGCACCAGAGCCCCGAGCAUGACCUCGGCUGCCUUGCGGUGGAUGUACCAUCACUCACAGCUCCAGGUAGCCCAACCAUCCCUUGCCUGCUUGCUCAGCUUCUGCCCCUUCAGGAAACCCAGAGUUGCCUGUAUGUGCAUUCUGGAGAGCAUACUUGUACUUGUCCUCUAUUCUGGGACUCUUUUUCUUCUGGUUCUCAUGAACAUCUGCCUUUGUUCUUCCUACUCAUCUGUGUCAGGCUUGGCACAGAACCUUGCCUCAUGGAUUAAGCAGCUCUUAAGAAUUUAGGCCCUGCUGAGUUCCCACUAGCACUGGAGUCCAGAGUCCUACUAAGGGGAUAGAAAUUAAUGUAAGUUUAAUGAUAAGUCCUGCUCUUCAGCUGGGAGCCAGUCUCCUCUCUUCUGGGGGUCUGCA